AGUGGCGAUACUGGCAAUUGGCAUAUGAUUGGCAUCACUGAUAUAUCCCCGCGGAAAAUCUAAAUUUGUUUAUUGUUUGAGGUUACCAAAUAAAAUUUUAUAACUAUUUUCCUUUUAAUAGAUAUAAUUUAAAUUUAGUAAAUAUAAUAAUAACUAAUUCCUGGUAAUUAUUUAAAUACUUAAUACCGUUUAAUAUUUUCCUUAUCAUGAAAUAAGAUGCUUCAAAAUGAAUGACCAUAAAGCAACUCCUCCACGCCAAACUAACUUAAACCAAUGGCUUUCAACAGGAGCAGAUAAUAAUGAAAGAGUUAAAAAGAAGAGAAUAGCUAUUGAAAGUCUUAAAAAACCUUUAUCUAUAACCACCAGCCCUCUCAAAACUGGCAGAGUCUCCAGACCAAAGAGGACCACAAAACCCACUUUGAAGAGAUUUAACUCGGGCGGCAGUGAUGACUUACCCAUAUUCAAUAAAAAAUCUCCAAGAAAAAGAGAGAAACAGUCAGAAUCAUUUAAAAAGUAUGGUGUUUCGGUACCCUCAGUCAAUCAAGUGAUGAGUGAUGUGAAAAAUUUAACUCAGUAUAAGGGUACAGUUAAUGAAGUUAAAGAUUUACGCGAACCCAAAGCAAAAAAACCUUCACCUCCAGCGAAAAAACAAACAAAAAAGAAACAACACUGGUUAGACUGUAAACAUUUGUCUUUGGAAGAAAUCACAGAAAAAUUCGAUGAGAAUGUAACUUAUCUCGAAAGUAUUUUAACAGGGAAGCUAUUCUCUGAAAGACAUAAAAUAUUUCAUAAAAAAAAAGUUGGAACAAACAUACUGUCGAAAAAAGACUUGACAUAUAAUACUAGUACUAUAGUUUUCACGCACGAACAAGUAGAUCAUAUAGUAGCUUUAAUGGAAGAAAAAUUUGAUCAUGAUCACACCAAGAGUGCAUAUUUUUUUAAAGUAUUGUUGCCCGAGUUCUGUUUAAAAUUGUUUAUGGAUGUCCAUGAGAUGUCGCGAAGGCAAGCCACUAAUUACUUAGAUGAAAGACCUAUAGAUUGAUGUUUUUGUUUUUUGACAUAUUUAUUUUUUUGUUUUGCUUGCAGAUUUAUAAUCUGAUUUUAUUUUCAAAUAGUUUAAGUAUUAUUAUUAAAAAUAUGGACAAAUUAUGUAAAGAUCCUAGUCACAUUUUUAUUAAAUGAUUACUCAGAUUAAAAAAUAUCAGGUUUUAAAUCAGGUCAAAUUUAUAGUUUUAAUAUUAUUUAAUAAAUAUUUAUAUCUUUGAAAAAUUAAUAAAAUAAAAAUAUGAAGAAUCAAUUAAGCAUAUUAGUAACAAAAAAAUGUAUUGACAUACCUAAAUAAUAUCAAGAUAUAAUAUAGAAAAAAAAUUAGGUAGGAUCAUAGAUAAAAAGAAAAUAAUCUACUAUUGGUAGGAUAUUCCAAUUUAAUUUUAAAAUCUUUGUAAAUGAUAUAAUUCUCUCUCUAACUCUGUUUCGAAAAUGUAUUGUUGAAAUUUGGCACUAACCAGUGCAAAAAAGAUUAAAAGUGCAUAUUAGGAAUUAUUCUUGUUUGAUUUACAUUGUAUUAUGUAAAUUCAGACCAAAAAAUCGUUAAAAAGCUUUCCAAAAAUAACAC